AUGGACGGCUGGAGCACUGCUGCCCCCAUAUCUGGGACUGACCAAAAUGUACCUAAGCUCAAGAGGCCCAACAAAGUCAUUCCCGUCCCCAUAGAGUUCCGUCGUCGCUCGCAGCUCAGAGAGCGCGACAUAAUCGUCAAUGAUGUCAAGACCGCCACCGGAUGCGAAGUGAUUCCGCAAUGGGAUAACGGACGCAUACAGGAAUUUGGCAUCGUAGGGUCCGGUGCUGGCUUGGACAAGGCUGUCAGAUACAUCAACGAGUGGAUAUCCAAGGGAAACACGAGAUCAGCAGAGUCGUCAGCAUGGGCGAAGAUGCCUGCUUUCCACAGUGGCAAUUGGCAUUACGAAGAAGCCGAGCAGCGUGAGCGUGAGCGCAAGCAACAAUUCAAAGAACCUGUCACUAUUCCUUGGCCGGUGGCUCUUCUCGACCAGGAGAUCAACCCCAGGGACAUCUUCAAGAACAAGCUCGAAGCUCUGGACGCUAUCAGAACAAACAACGAUGUUUAUAUUAUUCUCUCACCUGGCCCGGGUAAGGUUUGGGAGAUCGAGAUACUCGGCGAGGAUAUAGACAAGGUCGUAACCGCCGAAGCGCAAGUGCAAACCGUCAUCGAGAAGAUACAAACCGACGCUGCAGGAUUUCAGCAUACUUUCAACAUCAUUCUUGACGAUCGAGAGGGGCUCACAAUCAUCCUCGAAGAAGCUGAGCCUUGGUGGCCGAAACGCCACGACCGACUUGUCCCACGUGUCCCCAGGUUGCUUCCCCAUCCCUUGAUGGACAUACCUGGAGCAUUUCGACAGGACUUUCUACACUAUACUCAACUAGAGAAGCUACAGAGCUCCUUCAAAGCGUCCCUAGAAGCAGUUCGCUAUAGGAAAGGCUCGUACGACAUGGCCAUCCGCCUUGGCUGCCUCGCUCUGAGUUCAAAGAGGGCCGCAGGAAUCACGCCUGGUACUACAGUCGAGAAGGAAAAUUUCCAGAGAGGCAUAGAAGGUAUAUUCCAGCUUGAGGUGAAGAGGUGGCUCGCUAGUGACACUAUGGGCACUCAGAUCUUGAGGGCACUUAUGUCGGCUGAUCACUUCCUGGAACCCACCAAACCUGCUGGAUACUAUGGACGCAUGCCAGAUUCUCUAAAAGCGACCCAACCAAUGUUCAGAGGGACGUGGGUGUUUCACGAUCCCAGCGUAGUUGGUGGACGAUCCAGCACAAGCAACACGACACAGACUCCACUCGUCAUAGUCCAAGUCGACUGGACUGACGAUGAAGGAGGUCUUUACGAAAAAGGCGGUCCCAGGUAUUAUCGAACAGAACAGGGUAUAAACGGGCCCAAAGUAAACAUGGACAUCAACCUCUUAGAGCUUGGCGAGAGCCGGGGGUGGCACUUCGCUCUCGAAUCUUUGGUUCCUGUGCCUGCGGCGACAGUGUCACCAGUUUUGAAAGUUUUCGCUCGCAGUGUACGGAUGAAAGAUAGAUACGACAUCUCAUCCCACGAAGCCUUUGUUGUGUGCGAUGCUACACCGACCAUCAAGAAGUGUCUGGCCACAUCUCGCUCGGAAAUCAUAUACACGUUCGGUAUCAAGAAAACUUCAUACAAGGUCGAGAUUACCGGCAUGUGGUACCCUGGAGACCAGCUGGCUUGGGGUCUCUGUGUUCGUCACUUGAAGUGGGCUACCCAUCUCGCCCAACUGGAGCGUCUUACAAUGGGCAACAAGGUUUGUUGGGGGGACACGAUCGGCGCAUUUCUGCCGCAAGAUGGUCAGUCCUGUCACUCUACUGCUGAUGAAGACGACGAAAACGGCGAAGGCGAAGAACUUGGUAUGGGCAGCCUUGAACUUAGUCCUGGAGCUCGUGAUGGUAUCCGCAUUCUCACGGACAAGCUGCUCCAACUGUCUACCAUGGUCAGCUCGGUAGCAGGCAACGCGGGAAGGGUCACCAUCUGA